CCUCCACAUACACCCUGUCCUCCCCCUCCACAUACACCCUGUCCUCCCCCUCCACAUAUACCCUCUCCUCCCCCUCCACAUAUACCCUCUCCUCCCCCUCCACAUACACCCUGUCCUCCCCCUCCACAUACACCCUGUCCUCCCCCUCCACAUAUACCCUCUCCUCCCCCCUCCACAUAUACCCUCCUCUCCCCCCCUCAACAUGUAACCUCUCCUCCCCCUCCACAUAUACCCUCCCCUCCCCCUCCAAAUAUACCCUCUCCUCCCCCUCCACAAAUACCCUCUCCUCCCCCUCCACGUAUACCCUCUGCUCCCCCUCCAUGUAUACCCUCUCCUCCCCCUCCACAUAUACCACGACCUCCCCCUCCACAUAUACCCUGUCCUCCUCCUCCAAAUACACCGUCUCAACCCCCUCCACAUAUACCCUCUCCUCCCCCUCCACAUAUAGCCUGUCCUCCCCCUCCACAUAUACCCUCUCCUCCCCCUCCACAUAUACCCUCUCCUCCCAUACCCUCGCCUCCCCCUCCACAUAUACCCUCUCCUCCCCCUCCAAAUAUACCCUGUCCUCCCCCUCCACAUAUACCCUGUACUCCCCCUCCACAUACACCGUCUCCUCCCCCUCCACACAUACCCUCUCCUCCCCCUCCACAUAUAGCCUUUUCUCCCCCUCCAUAUAUACCCUCUCCUCUCCCUCCACAUAUACCAAGACCUCCCCCUUCACAUAAACCCUGUCCUCCACCUCCACAUAUACCCUGUCCUCCACCUCCACAUAUACCCUCUCCUCCCCCUCCACAUACACCCUGUCCUCCCCCUCCACAUACACCGUCUCCUCCCCCUCCACACAUACCCUCUCCACCCCCUCCACAUAUAGCCUUUUCUCCCCCUCCACAUAUAGCCUGUCCUCCCCCUCCAUAUAUACCCUCUCCUCUCCCUCCACAUAUACCAAGACCUCCCCCUUCACAUAAACCCUGUCCUCCACCUCCACAUAUACCCUGUCCUCCACCUCCACAUAUACCCUCUCCUCCCCCUCCACAUACACCCUGUCCUCCCCCUCCACAUACACCGUCUCCUCCCCCUCAACAUGUAACCUCUCCUCCCCCUCCACAUAUACCCUCCCCUCCCCCUCCAAAUAUACCCUCUCCUCCCCCUCCACAAAUACCCUCUCCUCCCCCUCCACGUAUACCCUCUCCUCCCCCUCCAUGUAUACCCUCUCCUCCCCCUCCACAUAUACCAUGA